GGAGUAGUUUCUUUGGUUAUUUAAAAAUAUAUUAUAAAUUAUUUGAAAAUGUUUUCCAUAGUUUUUUCUGGCAAAUAAUGUAAUUAAUAAUGGAGGAGGACGAUCCAGUAGUACAGGAGAUUCCUGUUUUUCUUUCACAAGCUUUAUCUAAAAAUUUAUACGUAUACCAGUACCCUGUCAGACCAGCCAACAGAGACUGGAAGGAUGUUAAAGUCACGAAUGCUUCAAUCAAACCCAAAAAUCAACUCGUUAGACUGGAAAUUGGCUUAGAUACAUACAGUGAUAAAUAUUGUCCAUCUAAAGGCGAGCAGAUUGCUAUCAACACCGAUGGACAACAGGAGUCAUCAUGGCAUGUGAAAGAAAAGGAUCGAUCUCAGUACUUCAGGAAUGGUAUCAUGGACAAAAUUGUUUAUGAAAGCAGUACCCCAUGCGUGGAGUCACGCCAUUAUGCUGUAGCUAUAUUGCAGGAUAAGGAGUUGCAUUGUACACCUAUUCAAGGGGUGGUCCAAAUGAGGCCGUCAUAUUCAUAUUACGAUAAACAGGACAAGCGAAAACAUGAUAAAAAUAAAUCUAAUGGUUCAGAUGAUGAAGAGAAAGACAGUGAUGUUCAACAGGUAACUGUAAAAUUUGCUCGUCAAGAGACAGAAGUAGCUAAGAAGGCACGGGAAAAGUCGUUUGAGACUAUGUCCCACCGGCUAUCAGAAGAACUGUGGUACGAUGGAUUGUGGAAACAUCAUGACACUGAUCAGGCUGAGUUGGAGCGCCUCAAACUGUUCAGUGGGACAUCGUCGGACGGGUCUGCUUUAGCACUCCGCGGGCGGGAGUACGUCCGCGCACUAGUGCCGCCCGGCGACGAGAGCCAGCCACCAGACCAGAUACCUACGUUGCAGGAUCGAAUCCGAGAGAUGCUAAUCAGUGCUCGGCUGAUGACCCUGGGCGAGGUGCGACGGCGGCUGGGCACGACGGAGAGUGCGGCGCUGGCCGGCGCGCGGGCGGCCGCGUGCUGCGUGCGGGGCGCGUGGUGCGCGCGCUCGCACGACGUACUGCCACGCGCCGCACACGCGCCGCACGCGCUGCGCUGCGCCGCCAGGGACCACGUGCUCUAUUUGUUCACUCAACAUACAUAUAUAGACCGACGGAAGGUGGCCGCUGCAGUUCGACUUCCUCCAGAAGAUGUUUUAGAGAUUAUUAGCUCAGUUGCUAAAUAUAAUCCACAACACCAUGGUUGGGAGUUACUAAUACCGCCAGAUGUCGCUUUCGAAACUAAGUACCCUGAUGUUAUGCAACGGCAAAACCUUUACUGGGAGGCUCGUCAGAGAUCAUUCAAUGAGAUGCUCAUAGGAGAAAAUGUCCCCAAACGGCAGCGGAAGAAGUCGCAAAGAGAAUCUGUCAGCUCCGAUACCAUGAUGAGUCCAAAACCAAGGUGUAAUAGUGUGAGUGAGGAAGACAGUGAUAGAAAAAGACAUAAAAACAAAUCCGCUACCGGUAGCGGUAAACGGACACGAAAUAUUAGUUCAAGUAGUGCUCAUGACGGUACGUGAUCAUCAUAAAUUAGGUAGGUUAUCAAAUUUGAGUAGCACUGGAGCUAUUUCGAUCUCGCUCGCUAUUAAGACGUGUUAUGAGUGUGAACGAAAUAGAACAAUAAUAACUGUGACAUAAUAAUAUUUUGUUAUCCCAAUGACUGUUAACAUGUGUAGACGUGGUGUGGUCGCUAGCGUGGCUGAUGCCCCGAGUGUAAACAAUUGUUAAUUUAUUACGUACGUUUAAUUUGCAUGUAUAUAACGGAUUAAUAUAUUUUUAUAAUUUAUAUUACCCACGCAUAUUCACUCUGUGGAUACAUUCAAGAGAAGUGUCGUUUGAUUUGACGUAAAAAACUAAAUUAAAAUUGCUUAGAUCAGUACAACCUACCUUUAACUAU